CAAUAAAUAUAAAUAAACAAUAAGUAAAAUAGGAUAGACAGUUGAUAGAUAAGAUUAUUAUUAACAAUAAUGAAAUAUAAUUUAAUAAUUAUUAGUUUAAAUGAAGAGUGAAAGGCAGCAUGAUAAAUCAUGCUCGAAUCCAAAAACUCCAAAAAGUCAAAAUAAUUUUAAACAAUAAACAUUGAUAUAUUUAUAAUAAAAAAUAUUAUUCAAAAACGUAUAACAACACGCAGGUAUAGUUUAUAAUAUUUACUUUAAAAAAGAGCAUUAAAAUAAUAUUAAUUUCAACGUUAAACUUUGACAACAAGCCGGUGCAUAUCAACAAGUGUUUGACAAGAUUUUAGUUGGAGUUAUUUUCAUUGAUUGAUGAAAAAGAAAAUAAACAUCACCAAUGGAUUUUGUUGUGUUAUUAUUUUUUGUAAUAUACUGCUUGUCAACAUCAUCAAGUGAACAACAUGACAACAAAAAGAUUGAUCCAAGCAAGACCAUUGCCUGGGGUCCAGGUUUAUCACCAUCAAGAAUCACAAUGAGAAGUAGAUAUUUCUUCCUUCAACUUAUUCAUACAGAUGGAACAAAGUAAGUGCCAUUUCUUCAAACACCUGAAAAUUCAAUUGGUCAUUCAUGCAGAAUAUGGAAGAAUAUUUUGGACUGCAAAGAUGGAAGUUUUAUUAUUCGUUAUCGUGUGUAUGAGACGUGCUAUGAUCUCUCUAUCAAAGUCAGGGUGAAGAAUCAAAUCAUCCAUUCAGCCUCGAGCCUUUCAAAAGGUCCAGUUUAUGAGGAAGAGUGUUACUGUCCUGUUGCCUCAAUAAGUGACUGGAAAAAUCAAGCAGAAUGUCAAGAUAAUUAUCCAAAAAUAAUUGAUGAUAUGAAGUCAUUUGCUAGUAUUGAUUUUGAUGUAGUUAGAAAUCAAGUUAUCAAGGAAUUUGAUAGACCAACAAGUGUCAGCAUUUGUCACUAUGUCAUCAAAAAUAAUAGGAUUUAUCGUAAAUGUUAUGGACAACAUGUAGGAUUUAAAAUGUUUUCCGACUCAAUUCUCUUGUCACUGGCAAGAAAAGUUGUUCUACCUGAUGUGGAAUUCUUCAUGAACCUUGGUGAUUGGCCCUUGGUCAAAAAAACAAAGACACCGUAUCCAAUAUUUUCUUGGUGUGGAUCAGAAGACACUGGUGAUAUUAUUUUUCCAACUUAUGAUAUCACUGAGUCAUCAAUUGAAAAUAUGGGCAGGGUAAUGCUGGAUAUGCUAUCGGUGCAGGGCAACACUAAAGUCCCUUGGGAAAAAAAAAUAAACAAAGUAUUUUGGCGAGGAAGAGACUCGAGAAGAGAAAGACUUGAUUUGAUUGAUAUUGCCAGGAAAAAUCCAGAUUUAUUUAAUGUUUCGAUAACAAAUUUCUUCUUUUUUCGUGAUGAAAUUGACAAGUAUGGACCUGGUGAACGUCAUGUGUCUUUUUUUGAUUUUUUUAAGUAUAAAUAUCAGCUGAAUAUUGAUGGAACAGUUGCUGCAUAUCGUUUUCCUUAUCUUCUUGCUGGUGAUUCUCUGGUUUUUAAACAAGAGUCUGGCUACCAUGAGUUUUUCUAUGAUCAAGUAAAACCGUACGAGCAUUAUGUUCCAGUCAAACAUGACUUGAGUGAUCUUGUUGAAAAAAUAAACUGGGCUAUUGAUAAUGAUGAUGAAGCUAGAAAAAUUUCGAAAGCUGGAAGAGAUUUGAUGAGGAAUAUUGCUCUUCCUCGAGAUAUUUUUUGUUAUCAUUUGUCACUUCUUCAUGAGUGGAGUAGGAGGAUUAAAAGUGAAAUAAGAGUGCUGAAAGGAAUGGAAGAAGUUCCUCAACCAGAACAUAAUUGUCCUUGUGUAAAAACUCGAGAGAGCAGUAAGGAUAAUGUUCAAACCAAAGAUGAGUUAUAGAAUAGACUUUAAUUCUUGUUUGUAAAUUUUAUUUUUUAUGGGGAGGGCCAGUUAUAAAAGCUGAUGGAUUAAGUCGUUUGAGUAAUUAAAUGAGGGUGUAAUUAUUUAUAGUAUAAUAGAGGGAAAAUACGUGUUUCCAACACCAGGUGUCGAAAGGUAUUUUUUUUUUUUCAAAGGAAGUUUUAUUACAAGAGUUAACAUACUUGAACUUGUUAAAGAUCGCGAUGCAAUAUUCAGUGUUAAUAUUAUCCAUAUUAACUAA